CGGUGUCUUUAAGAGUCGCCCGGCCGCUUGCUCCGCGCAUGCGCCUUGCGCACUCCGCUUUCCCAUCAUGGCGGCGAGGGGCCAUGUGCAGGAUCCUAACGACAGGAGACUCCGACCCAUUUACGACUACCUGGACAAUGGCAAUAAUAAAAUGGCAAUCCAGCAGGCAGACAAGCUGCUUAAGAAGCACAAGGACCUGCACUGUGCUAAGGUGCUGAAAGCGAUUGGUUUACAACGCACCGGCAAGCAGGACGAGGCCUUUGCUCUGGCUCAGGAGGUGACCUCCCUGGAGCCCACUGACGACAAUUCUCUGCAGGCGCUGACCAUCUUGUACCGGGAGAUGCACAGGCCGGAGCUGGUGAUGAAACUUUAUGAAGCAGCUGUGAAGAAAGUCCCAAACAGUGAGGAGUACCACUCCCAUCUUUUCAUGGCGUACGCCCGGGUUGGCGAGUAUAAGAAGAUGCAGCAGGCAGGGAUGGCACUUUAUAAAAUUGUUCCCAAGAAUCCCUACUACUUCUGGUCAGUCAUGAGUCUGGUUAUGCAGGCGAUCUCGGCGCAGGAUGAGAAGCUGUCGAAAACCAUGUUCCUCCCAUUGGCCGAGAGGAUGGUGGAGAAGAUGGUGAAGGAGGACAAGAUUGAGGCAGAGGCAGAAGUUCAGCUUUACUUUAUGAUUCUCGAAAGGCUUGGCAAAUACACAGAGGCCCUGGAAGUUGUGAGAGGAAAGCUAGGAGAAAAGCUGACGAGCGAAGUGCAGAGCCGUGAGAACAAGUGCAUGUCUCUUUACAGGAAACUGGAUCAGUGGCCCGAGUGUAAUGCGCUGUCUCGAAAACUGUUACUGAAAAACCCAGACAACUGGCAGUUCUAUCUGUCUUACUUCGAUUCUCUCUUCCAUCUCAUUGAUGAGGCCUGGAGCCCACCCGAACAAGGAGAACACUGCACGGAAGGUCAUGUCGAUUCAGCCGUAGACCAAGCUAUUAAAUUUGUCGAGGACAGGAUCGCAGGAGAAGACAGUAAAGACUCCAGACACUUACGUGGACCCUACUUGGCGCGGUUGGAGCUCAUCAAACGGUUGCGGCAGAGGAGCUCCUCUGAGGAACGAGAGCUUGGAAAUCCUCUGGACCUAAUGUUCGAGUACUUUGUCAAGUUUGGAGACAAGCCCUGCUGCAUAACUGACCUGAGGAUCUUUGUUGAUUUGCUAGAGCCUGACCAGUUCGUCCAGUUCAUUAACAGGCUGACUGAGACGGUUCCACUGUCUACGCAACCAGAAGAUGCGUUGGCUCAGCCAGCAGACACCAAGUCCCUGCAGCGGCAUCUGUGCGUGGUGCAGUUGUCCCGCUUGUUGGGCAUGCACCACUCGCUGGACACGGAGCACAAGCUGCAUCUGAUUGAGGAACUCAAGGCCCGCUACCUGUAUGGACUGAAAUUUGGAAAGUCGUGCUUGAAAACCGAGCUGCAGUUUUCUGACAUGUACUGCCUGUUGGCUGCCCAUGUUUUAGUCGACUUCUGGAAGGAGACAGGUGAAGAGCGCCACCUUUGGCAGUGCCUCAGCCUUUUGGAAGAAGGCUUGUCCCACAGUCCCUCAAACGCCCAAUUCAAGCUGCUGCUUAUCAUUAUUUAUUGUCGCCUUGGGGCAUUUGAACCCAUUGUGGACCUCUACUCUAGUCUGGAUGCUAAACACAUUCAGCACGAUACAAUUGGGUACCUGGUGACACGCUAUGCAGAGCCCUUGGGUCAGUUUGCUGCUGCUUCACAGUCCUGUAACUUUUCUCUCAGGUUUUUUCACUCAAACCAGAAAGAUACCUCAGAAUAUAUUAUUCAAGCUUACAAGUAUGGUGCAUUUGAAAAAAUCCCUGAGUUCAUCGCUUUCCGGAACAGACUGAAUAACUCCCUGCACUUUGCACAAGUCCGCGUUGAAAGGAUGCUGCUGGAUCUCUUUCUUGAAGCGAAUAUCUUGUCUUCAUUGGAAGAAAAUGUCCGCUCCAUGGGAUUGUGUCCUGAAGAGGAUGACAUUCCUUGGAAGGAGAUGCAGGACAAUCGAGAUUUGACUGUCCUUGUCAGCUGGGAACCCAAGUCCAGGCAGCUUUCCGAGGAGGACAGGUGGUUGUCCUUGGAAGAAGAAAUUCUUUGGCUGCGUAUCCGCUCCUUGACGUUACGACUGAUAGCUGCCCUGGCCAGCCCUAGCCAUCCUGUGGAACCAAAGAAUUCUGAGAAAGCUGCCGAGAAUGGGGUGGCCUCCAAGAAUUACACACUACAUGAACUGCUCCGACAGCUAGAAGUGGCCCUGGAAAGUGGGAAGCGGUUUGUGGAACGUAAAGUGCAGUACAAUUUUCUGGGCCCUCCCUCCACCCGCCUCUCCUCGGCCUUUGCAAGUGGAAGCUGCCAGUGCCAGGCCAGUGCCUUCCGGCUUGUGGCGGACGUUCACGAUCUGGACAUCAGUAGCUUAGAAGACACAUCCAAAGUGCAAGAGCGGUUAGGAAACAGCUUUAAGGAUCUAAUAAUGCAGUUGAAAGAUAUAAGGAACAAAUGUGAAAUUGACCUGUUUGAAAUUAGAGAUGGGCAGAACAAAACGAAGCCUGCAGCCUUAGAAAAUCUUGUUUUCUUCACGGAGACUGUAUGUAUCAUCCUGUGGGUGUCAAGCUACUGUAGUUGUAUCCUUCGGCCUCUUAAAUCCAAUUUACAGAAGAAGAAGAAGAAGAAAAAGGAUGCCAACACUCCUACGCCUGCCGUUUUCACAAAUUACCAGGAGUACAUCUCGGCCUUACAGCUAUUGAUAUCCGAGGUUCUAGAUCACAUUAAAGGGCUUGAAACAAACUUGACUGCACUGAAGCUUGAUAGCCUUUCUUUGGAGGACCACACACUAUCAGAGGCGGAGAAGAAGUUCAAGAAGAUGGUGAGAGAGAAAGUGCAGAGCAGUUACCAGCGGUCGUUACAGGAGGUGGCCGAGCUGCUCAAGAAGAGACUGGACACAGUGAAAGGCUUGAAAAUUUGAUUGCCGGCCGUCGCUCUUCGGGGCGGCCUGUGAAAUCCAGAACUUCCUCCUCUCUCGCGCAUGAAGGACGCGUCCUCAGAAAAUAAGAGAAAAUGCAUUUUAGAAUAACUACUCAAUUAAAUUAUUGUACAUAACGUCUUCAGGACAAGAAACGCUCCUUAUCUUGGGGUUACUACUAUUUUUUUUUUUUUUUUCUUUUUGCAUAUUCAUCAUCCAUAAUUUGGCAUCCACUUGUUUUACCUGGAAGGAACUUCAGGGAGGGAACGGUAAGCAGCUGCUCUUAACCACAAAAACCUGUCUGUAGUGCAACUCUCAGAUAAUAAAAACGAAAAAGCUCAAUCGGCCAUCCGGCACUGUGAAGCAUUUCAUUUCAUACAGCCAGCCUGCAAGACAAAAUUCGUAUUCUGUAGCUUUUGGCUACUUUUUUGUUUUCUUUUUAAACUUUUUGAAAAUUUUGCAAUGUACAGCUGGGCAGGCCACAGCAGCGGCAUCCAGCGUGUAACAGAAAAACACACUGCGGAGAGCCGACGUUGGCAAAUUUUUAUUUUGUUGUUUGUUUUUUUUUUUUUUUAAUAUGUAACUUAUUUCUUAAAAAAAAAAAAAGAAAAAGAAAAAAGCGCAAGAAGCAGACGGAGUGAACCAUUGAGUGAAGAAGUUCUGACCAACUGGAAGAUGACGAGAUAAGUGAGGACGCAGUGGCAAUGUAAAACUUUAGUGUUUUGUUUUCACAUAUUUUUAUUUUUGUCCCCCACCUUCCCAAAUUCUCUCCGGCCUCUUGCCAGUUACUUAAUAUGCAAGCUAGGGUGGGUGCACCCAGGGGUGUGCUGCAGUCUUAUCGGGUGUCCCGUAGCUAAAGAUGGGAGUAGAGGUUGUAUAGCUGAAAGGUGGUAUUAUCUUGGCCGAGACCCGAGAUGUUUGUGAAUAUGUAUAAAGACUUCUUUUAAAGAACGAUAUUAACGUGCACAAGAUAAAACAGUAAGUUAAGUUAUUUAGGAAGUUUUAGAUGUGGGCCAGGCGGGAUGCGGAAACGGUGACAAUUUUGAAUUUUGUCUUGUGCUUAUUGAAGAAUUGAUUGAUGAACCUGCGGUGUUUCCAUCGGUUAACGAGGUGUUGGCUUCUUUCAGCCAUUUGUUGUGCUUUGAGGACGACUUGUUUGGACCACAAUCCCUUCCUUUGAGUGAAGGCAGAAUGUGUGUAGCUCUCCCUUCCUCCUACUCCUCCUGUAUGUGUCUGUCAGUUGCAAUCUGUCAAGCAGGAAAAUUCAGGGCCUGCCCGGUUGUACUUGUUCAGAAGACCGAUGGCCCAAGUGUGGCGGUGUCUUUCUUGGUUUUCCUGUUCUCUGCUCUGCGCCAAUUCGGAUAAAGCGGAACUGCAUUUGGUUUAUGGACUUGGAUUUAAAAAAAAUUGGGCAAAAGGCAUCGGGCAUCCACCGGAGGGAGGAGCAAGGAGAGCACUGUCAGUCCCGUAACCGUAUCCGCGCCCGCUGAACGGCCAGUAAGAAAAGGCAGACAAUCUUUGUAAUGCUGUCAUCUGCUCCGAAUACAUUUUGUUAGAAACACUGGAAUGUUGUUGAGGAAUUUUUUUUUU